AUGGCCGCGCCCGCACGCCGCGCCCUGGUCGUCUAUGGCUCCGAGACGGGCACCGCCCAAGACGUCGCAGAGGAGCUGGGAAGGAUCGCCGAACGCCUGCGGUUCGACACUGAAGUCGUGGAGCUGGACGCUAUCAGCCUUAACCAACUGCUGCAACACUCUGUCGUCCUUAUAUCAAUCUCCACCACUGGCCAGGGCGAGCUCCCUGCCAACAGCCAGAAGUUCUGGAGAACCCUGCGCAGCGCCCGGCUUCGGCCUGGUUGUCUGCAUCAGCUGAGGUUCGCGUCGUUUGGUCUUGGUGAUACAUCGUACCCAAAGUUCAACUGGGCACACCGCAAGCUCUACAACCGUCUGAUCCAGCUCGGCGCGCAGCCCAUCUGUGAUCGUGGAGAAUCCGAUGAACAGCACCCCGAAGGGGUGGAUGGCUCCUUCCUACCUUGGUCGAUCACACUGCGACACCGCUUGUUAGAACAGUACCCUCUACCGGACGGAACCGAACCGAUACCAGAUGAUGUACUACUAGAGCCAAAAUGGCUUCUCGACUUCGCAGACGAACAGCACCAUGAAGCUGAAAGCGACAAGGUAGUGUCGAACGGCACCGAGGAAGUUCCACCCGACGACCUCCUGGAUAUACCAGGUGGACUUACAGCUAGCGUCGCUUCCAACGAUCGUCUGACACCCCAAUCUCACUGGCAAGAUGUUCGCCAGCUCAAUCUUGAUAUUCCCGACUACCACCCAUACAUACCGGGAGAUGUUUUGACCAUUUAUCCAAAGAACUUCCCCACCGACGUCAACGAACUGCUCUCCGUCAUGAAAUGGACCUCAAUCGCCGACAUCCCACUCCGAUUCGCACCGUCCUCGGACGCCACCUUACCAACAUCCCGCCUUCCAUUGCCACACUUCACAUCAACAACAACUGUAACUCUACGUACCCUACUGACUAAUCAUCUUGACAUCAUGAGCAUCCCCCGUCGCUCCUUCUUCGCCCAACUCGCCCACUUCACUUCCGACGAGUUCCAAAAAGAAAGGCUCCUCGAGUUCACCGAUCCAGAAUACAUAGACGAGCUAUAUGACUACACCUCCCGUCCGCGUCGCUCCAUCCUCGAAGUCCUGCAAGAGUUCGAAACCGUCAAAAUCCCAUGGCAGCGCCUCUGCAGCAUCAUCCCGACCAUGCGCGGCCGCCAGUUCAGCAUCGCGUCUGCCCUCAACCCUGCCGCUGAAGCGAAGAAGCGAACGAGGAUACAGCUGCUUAUUGCGAUUGUGAAAUACAAAACGGUCAUUAAGAGGAUACGGCAGGGCGUUUGCACGAGAUAUGUCGCAAGCUUGAGAUUAGGGCAGCGUCUUACGGUCACGCUGCAGAAGGGUGGGUUGGGCGUGACGAAGGCGGAGUUGGAGCGGCCCGUGGUCAUGGUGGGACCAGGCACAGGCGUCGCGCCUAUGCGGGCAUUGACGUACCAGCGGAAAUUCUGGCGGGAGGAAUUGCAGCGGAAGGACGAUGCAGUGAGAGAUCUGUUAUUCUUCGGCUGCCGGAACGCAGAAUCUGACUACUACUUCAAAGAUGAGUGGGCUCAGCUGCAGAAGGAGGGUAUUCCAUUAGAUGUUUUUGCGGCAUUCUCCAGAGACCAGAGACAGAAAGUAUAUGUACAGGACCUUAUUCGUCAGGAGAGUGCGCGCGUGUAUGAGGCCCUUGCGAAGCGCGAUGGCAUCGUGUAUAUCUGCGGUUCUUCGGGUAGAAUGCCACAGGCGAUUCGCGAGGCGCUCAUCGAGGCAUUCCAAAGCCACGGAAACCUGGAACGGGCAGCGGCCGAAGCGUAUCUAGCAGCGAUGGAGAAGAGUGGGCGAUACAAGCAGGAAACCUGGUAG